AUGGGUAGGAAGAAGGAUGCGCUCAUUCUAGGAAUCCUGGCAAGCGCAGCUGCAUAUUUUCUCACAUCAAAGCUUAUCAGAAAUAAAAAACAGGCAAGUACCCUUGCCGCACAGGGCUUUGCUAGCUUUAAAGAGCAGAAGUUUGGCGAGGCAUUGGCGCAUCUUCUCCAAAUAGAACAUCCGGAUUUUGAGGUCAACGUCCGAAUCUUCGAGUGCUACGAGAGACUGGGGAAUCUGACAAGCGCGCUUAUUUAUCUCAACAGAUGUCUAAAAGCUAAAGAGAAUGGACUCGUUGAUUUUAAAGCGAUUUAA